UACAACUUAAUGACCACCAAAAAAACACCAACGAAGAAGACGACUGGCGCCGCCGCAGCCGCACGCUCAGUCCUGUUUGAAUUACGCUUAUGGAGACGGUGUUGAUGGUUAAGCAGUCGAGUUAUUUUACUUUCUGACUGCGGCGAAGGUGGGAUCCAAGUGGACUGUACAUAGGAGGAAAAAGAUAUGGCUGCCCCAACGUUACAGCAGCCCAGUUUCCUGCUGGCCAAUCUUAAAGCUGAUUCAAGCACCAAAACUCUCCUCCAGCGAUGCCAGGAUCUGGUGAAGGUCAUCGAUGAAUAUCCUGCCAAGGAGCUGCAUGCGGUUUUCCCCUGGCUGGUGGAGAGUGUGUUUGGCAGUCUGGACGGCGUCAUUGCUGGCUGGAACCUGCGACUCCUGCACUCACGCAGCAACGAGUACAACAUAGUGAUGGAGUUUUUGAGCCCCAGUGGGCCAAUGAUGAAGCUUGUAUAUAAACUUCAAGCAGAAGAGUACAAAUAUGAGAUACCCGUCAACUAUCUCCCGGGUCCAGUGAAGGCCUGCAUCCAGGAGGGAGUUCUCCCCGAAUGUCCGCUGUUCCACAACAAGCUGCAGUUCCCGCUGUCUGGUCUGCUGACUCUGAACAUUGCACUCAAUCCUUUUGAAUUCUUCAUGUUUAAUUUUGCCUUCUGUCUCAUUGCGCCAAAGAACUACCCUCAAGGCCAACUUGGAUGCUCCACUGACAGUGCCUACUUUGUCCUUGUGGACACUUACCUCAAAUACUUCCUCCCAAGUGAAGGAAGUGUGCCACCUUCCCCUUUUUCUGACUCCAGAGGCUCCGUCACUGCACCUUCACCGAGAUCCUCCAGUGUUCCUUUUGCUGGUUAUGGCGUUCACAGCCCCAGUCUCCUGAAACACCACAUAUUCCAUCAGCCCUCAGUUAACGCAGACCCUGCAGCACAGGAAAUCUGGAGGUCCGAAACGCUGCUACAAAUGUUUGUGGAGAUCUGGCUCCAUCACUACUCUCUGGAGAUGUACCAGAAGCUGCAGUCUCCUCAGGUAAAGCUGGCGCUGCUGCAGUAUCGCCUCAGUAUGUCCAGCAUGCCGUGCCAACCCCACGUCCCACCAGGCUCUGGGACCCUCCACACCUACCAAGAGCCCUUCAGCCCGACGGAGGAGCACGUGCUGGUGGUGCGUCUCCUGGUGAAGCACCUGCACGCCUUCUCCAACAGCCUGAAGCCGGAGCAGCUGUCGUCCUCGCCCUCAGCCCACUCGCACACUCACACCAGCCCGCUGGAGGAGUUCAAGAGGGUGGUGGUGCAGCGUUUUGUGCAGCAGAAACUGUACCUGUUUCUCCAGCAUUGUUUCGGUCACUGGCCUCUGGAUGCCUCUUUCAGAGCGGUGCUGGAGACGUGGCUGAGCUACAUCCAGCCGUGGAGAUACACUGAAGAGAAGACCAACCCUCAGCCAGAGCAAAGCAGGACAGUCCCUGACAAAUGGGAGUCGUUUGUUCAGGAGAACCUGCUCCUCUACACAAAGCUCUUCCAGGUUUUUUUGAACCGAAGUGUGAGGACGGAUCUGGUUAACGCCAAAAAUGCUCUGAUGGUGUUCAGGGUGGCCAAAGUGUUCGCUCAGCCAAACCUUGCUGAGAUGAUCCAGAAAGGAGAACAGCUGUUUCUGGAGCCAGAACACGUCCUCCACCACCGGCAGCCCCGCGGCUACCUGACGCCGAGCCAAGGAGGCAGCUUCCUGUCGUCACGGCAACGGGUGAUGACAGACAUGGUGUUCAGGGUGAAGAGUCACGUCUAUUCUUUGGAAGGCCAGGACUGCCAGUACAAGCAGAUGUUUGGCACUGAGCUCAGAGGAGCAGUCAUGAAGCUGAUCCAGAUAAUCGCACAGGCCAGACACACAGCCAAGAGGAUAUCGGAUCACUCGAGUGAGGCGGCGGCCAGUAACUCGUUCCUGUCCUGGUUCGGGAUUGGUUCCUCUGAUCUGAACAACACCUUCCCUGGGGCUGAGCCAGAGGAGAGUGGGGAAUGUUUGAAAAAGACCCACGAGUUCCUGGACAAAGCUUUGGAGAACUUGUGUCAAAUCUUCAAGCUGAACCAAGGACAGCUGACUCAGCUCAUAUCCACCCUGGGGUCCUCCCAGGACGACGGCAACAGCAUGCAGCUGCCAGACUGCAUCCAGGGAGAGAAUGGACUGAUUCUGACAGACCUGGGUAGGAGGCAGAUCAUCAGUGGACUGCGCAGGUUUGAUAUCCACUACCAAGGAGACCCGGAGCUGCAGCCCAUUAGGAGCUAUGAGAGCGCCCUGCUGGUCAGGCUUUUCUACAGGAUCUCUUCUCUGGUCAAUGAGAGGUUUGCGGGCCACAUGAACGCGCUCUGCUCACGUCCAGACUUCCUGGGUCGUCUGAGUCGUCACUACUUGACCGAUCCGGAUGCCACCACCAAACUGAAGCAGAGCCCGAUGACCCGUCGGACGUUGGAGAGGAACCGGCAGCCGAGGCUGAGCCUCCGUCCGCUGGCCAGCUACCGGACGAUCCUGCUGCUGCUGCUCUUCUACAUGUUUGGAGCCCUGCUGUCGUUUGGCCCUGUUUCCAGCACUCUGCUCAUCCUCACUGUGGUAUUCCUGCAUGGACUCCUAAUGACGCUGUUUGGAGACAAACUGAAAACGCACUAGCCGAGCUGCAGGGUUCCUACACGUGUCUGCAAAAACACACAUCAUGAAUUUGAUCCGUUCCAGUCUUUAAUGUUUUUAUAAAAAUGUUUCAAAACUAAUAGUGAGUGGCUCUGUGAAGUGUAUGAUGGAAAGUGUAGUAUGUUUCGAGGGCUGCAACAUAGUUUAUGUUACUGGUCCACAUUUCACGGAAGAUUUCUGUGUCCUGGGCAAAGUGCUAAAUUCUUGUUAAAUAUUAUGUUCACAAACAAUUCAGAUGCUGAUGUGGUGCAUCAGCAGCCCACAUUGUUGGUAUUUGAUGACCAGGGAAUGAGACUCAACAAUCAAAUACGUCUCUAAUGUAAUGCAAAUCAAACUGUGUUGGUGUUCACACAGAAAACAAAGUGAAAGUUUGGCUGUGGGAUCAGUUGUGUUUAUUCAUCCCAAACAGUCAGAGCACCUUACCAUACAUUAGCUUUAAGCUAGUCACCGAGGGUGUGAGGUUAUCCAGCCUCUGACUGAACUCACCACUGACCACAGACUCAGUUGACUCCAGUUGAGAGUCAACAGGACAAAGACAGAUUAAUUACAGCAGCCUCCAUCACAGGGCAGCUUGCUGUUGCAGGCAGGUUGAGAAACAGAGUGCAGAUAAAUCUUUUUAUUCCAAAAGUUUAGUAAAGUGUGAGCUCUUCUCCUGCGGUUCAGAGCUCAAUCUGGUUGUUUAUCCCUCCAGAAACUCCAGCUCUGUCAGCAGCUGAGCAGCAGCUUUGAUCCUCCGUUCUGAUUGGUCCUCCUCGCACAACAUGCUGCAGAGCCCCACCAUAUGCAACACUUGUUCAUCCAAGUUCAGUAUUUUCAUGUCAUGUAAGUGUGCUUAGCAUACGAUAGGCUGCAUGAAAAUUUUGCUUCAUAUUUGUUAUGAGCACAAGGAAAUUAUUUUUUAUCAGACAUCACGACUGAAGAGAUUUAAAUAUGUUGGACUAAUUUUUGUUUGGUAAAAAAUAAAUAAAUAAAUACCAGAUAAAGGAAACUCUGGGCUGCAGAUUAUGAUUAUUUUAACAACUGAUUUGUCACUGUAACAUUAGAAAACAGCUUAGAAAUGUCCAUCAGCCCCAAGUGUUGUCAUCAAAUCGCUUUGUUUUUUAAGUCUAAAACCCACAGAUACUCAGUUUACUGUUGUGCAAAGAUGUUUGGAUCUUUCACCUAAAGGAUUCAUUCAUGAUGUGAACAUUUCUUAAUGCAGUUUCUGUCCAUUCGCUAACUGACUGAACAUUGCAGUUUAUCGAUCCCUGUAGAGAAAUAUUUAGGCUUGCCGUCUGCUACGGUGAAGUCAGAUCAGGGUCGACGUUUGUCAAGAAGAACGCCGUCUUUCCACAGCGUUUUGAAGUGGGACGUGUGGGAACCCGCUUGGCAGCAGACUGGCAGCUCUUAUGUUCUUGCUUUUGAUAGUGACUGCUUUGUUGUUUUACAUAUAACCUUGUAAAUAAACUCAGUCCUGCUACUCUGUUGGUAGGACUUUUCUUUUUAACAAGUGUGAUUGAAUAAAUCGACUCUUUUUCUCAGUGAAAACAGGAGGCCUUUUUGUCCAGAAAACUCAAUAAACUGUUUGCACUUGU